GGGGGAUAGGGGGAUAGAUAUUGAGGCAAGUGAGAGUACCGUAACAUGCGCUUGCAAGACCUCCGCCGCGGGCUUUGGCCGGGGAGUAGACCCAGCGGCAACACAAGAGACCAGUCGCAGUCCAUGCCUGCAACCAGAUUUCACACAUGGAUACUGGUGAAAGUAUAGACAAGUGGCAGAAAAGAUGGGAUGAUGGACACAUCGGAUUUCACAAAGGAAAAGUUCAUGAAAUGCUGUCUUCAUAUGUAGACCAGCUAACGUAUGGCAAGGAUAAGCGCAGGAUUUUCAUCCCACUUUGUGGCAAGACAAUUGACAUCGUAUGGCUGUGGGAGCGAGGUCAUGAGGUUGUCGGAGUUGAAGCCAUUGAAGAUGCCGUGUUAGCCUUCUUCAAGGAGCAGAGUAUGAAGUACACAGUGACUGAAGUAUCAGGGAUACAGAGCGCUAAACUCUAUCAGAAUGAGGACGGCAGGAUAAAGAUAUACUGUUGUAAUCUCUUUGAAUUAAACAGUACUAUUCUUGGUAAAUUUCAUGCUAUUUGGGACAGAGGAUCUCUUGUUGCCAUUGGGCCUAGUGAUAGAGUAAAGUAUGCUGCAUUGAUGUCUUCAUUGAUUGAGGAAGGAGGAAGGAUCCUUCUAGAGUCGUACCUCUAUGACAAGGAACAAUUCAAGUGGAAAAAUCACUCACCAUUCACACUCAAUGAGGAUGACAUAAAAGCAUUGUAUGAGCCAAAAGCCCAGGUGCAGCUGCUGAAUAAGCGAGAUGUUCUCUAUGAUGUAUUUAGAGAAGCUGGAUUAGAAUACAUGUUUGCUAUCACUUUACUCCUAACCUUUGACUGUACGAAGUGAUGAUUUAGGUAAAGGUAGAAGCAAAGGCGAUACAAGCUGAAUUGAAUACUGCAAUAUCCUACUAGUGAUGAUUAAGGUGCCAAAAAUGGCUAGUUUACCAUUUGAUCAAAUUGAUCUGAAUGAAUAUGUAAAAGUAAUUCAGGAAUUCAAUCAAGUUUCAUGUAAACAAGUUUUGAUCUUAAUAGCUACUAAUACCCCUAAAAGAGAGCCAUGCAAGAGUAUACAAAUAAUAAAUAAGGCUUGUAAGCGAUGUUGCAAAACUUUGCCUGCGGUUAAAAAACAAUGCUCUUUUCAACAAUGUCAUGCCUCAUUGAAUGAUAAUAAGGUGUAAAAUUUCUAUAUGAAGGUUCUUGUGCAACAUAUUAGAUUCAGGCCCAGCAACCCAUGUAGAUAGCGAGCAGGUUGCUUUUUCAUAAUCAUGAUUUUGCUUCAUCUUCAUUAAUCAAAAGAAGUUUCACAUUCAACCCAGGUCCAUGGCAACAGUAAUUAUAUACAUCAUGUACACAAAAUGCACUUAUAUUUUUCUUAAAGUAAAUUGAAAGAUUCAAAUUCAUUCGUAAACAUGGUGAAUUGCCAGGAAUCAAAUGUCUAUGUGUGCAAUAAGUGCAGGCGAUGCACAGCAUCACAAAAAUGAUAUAGUUUCCUUUGCUUUAAUUCCUUGCACUUGUUAUUCACAAAGGGCCCAAGUCUCUUUUCCUGUUAUACGUUGCAAAUACACUUCCCUAAUUUUCAGCUCCUCUGUCAGCGUAUCCAUCUUUUUACCUCCUUCAUCUCUUCCAUAAUCAUCAUCUUUGUACACUCUUUUGUUGUUUUGCCUUGAUGGGAACAUUCCUGACAUGGUCAAGGCAACAUUUCCGAGUCAUCUGAAGAGAAAUCGCAACACCAUCUGUACUCUCUCCAUCGACACAUCAUGCUAGUCGGCUUCAACCUACACAGUAAGCACUUUCACUCGAAAAAACAUCGCUCAUUUUCAUGUUCGAUAUGGAUGAAUCACUCCUGAAAGUUCCUCUUAAAGUUUUAGUAUAAUGAAAGUGUCCAAAUCAAUAAAAUACACAUCUAGCUCUAUUAGAUAUACACCUUCAUGUCAAGUAAAAGUACAUCUGAGUGAUGAUCUCCACCCUCACAUCCUGCUAGUCACAGAGACUCCAACCCCAAGCACCUUCUGAUCUGGAGAUUCUCCCACCUGGAUCCCCUAGCAAACUGGAGACUCCAACUUGAUGUGACAUCACGAGCGUGAAGCACAAAGUCCCUUGCGGCUGGGGUCCAGCUCAAGGGUUCUCGAUGCUCUCUCGUGCUAUCUCAAGCUAAUUUUUCAAUAUAUGAAGGCACUAAGUAAAUAACAAUUCAAUGAAUCAAAUCAUACAUUUUGGCUUAAUAAAACUACUUUUCAUGUCAAUAUUCAUGCAUGCAUAUCAAAUUGAUAAGCAUCUACAAAACCAUGCAUUUUUUAUACCUUUAUUCAUAUCAACCUGUGAAGACAUAUUUAAUAUGAACUCACCUUAAAAUUGACAUUUCAUAAUUUUGUCUCAUCUGAUGACCAAAGUAGUAUGCGGCGCGCACUGUCUUUGGUAUGCAAUGUAGGAGGGCCUUGGAGGGAUGAUAUCUAUAUAGCUUGCUUGCGCCCGCUAAAUACGAGAUCGCGCGCGGUGUUGAUGUUCUACUUAACUUGAAUAUCGGCUUGGAUAUGAACAUUUAAUUCCAGUUGUUAAAAAGGUGUUUGGGCAGGAGAAGAUCGUUUUAAGUGGGAGACACGGCUUGGGCAGAGGAUAUUAAAUCUUAAGCGGGAGAAUGUGUGAUUUUGCGAAAAUGGGCUUUCAAUGGGAGAUUUCCCGCCAAAAGCAGGUGAGUUGGAGUCUCUUUAGUCAUUUUUAACCUCUAGAUGGAGCACUUAGAGAAUGUCUCUUAUUUUUAGGUCAUAUAGGCACAUUCUGCAUAAACAAAACAUCACCUAUUAUUUGUUCUUGUCCAAAUUGCAUUUUAAAAUCAGGGUCAUUUCUCAUUUCCUCACAGUAAGUAAUUAUUUUCUGCCAAAAUCAUUUCACACAAUGAUAUUUAGUUUACUGUAGUUUGUUAUUUAUUUUUUCUUUUUAUUUGCAUCUUUUGAAAUAAUAUUAUUACCACAAUUUAUCUUUUACCUGUCUGUCAUGUUCAUCGCCAUGUUACCAUUGCCAUUUGGUAAAGUUUUGUACCGUCUUGCCAUUGUGAAACACCUGUCAAGACAGUUUGCCUGUUCAUGGAUUCAUGAAAUAGAUAAACUAAGCGGAGAAACUUUCUCCUGUCUUUCUGGUGAUAAUUUAACAAUUCAGUCGUAUCUCAAUAUUUAAUAUGACUGCCUUUGCAAUCAUAAAAUCAGAUAUUAUUAACCAUAUUUUCAAUUUCAAGCUAUACAGUUACAGUACUAAUGCAUUUUAAGAGGACAUUCACUCAUUUCUUGUGCCUUCGGUAUUUGCCACUGGGUAUCAAGAGUAUCAAACAUAUACUAAUGUUAGAACCUAUUGUGAAAUAGGUAAAAUUCACUAUUAAGCUUGAGAUUUAAUAUGUACUGCUUAUUGCCUCUGAAAUACACUUUCCAUCCCAUUGAGGGACAGUUCUUCUCUUGAAUAGUGCAGCAAAAUACAAGUAAUGGUUGAAUUUGUAAUUUUGUAGAGCAGCAUCAGAAUAUGCCCAGUAUGCACAGAUUCCUCAUUGAAGAAAUUGGAAGCAUUUCUCUCUCUCUCUUGGGAAGUUUUUUAUUUAUUCAUUUUUAUAAACUUUCUCCUUUUUUUCUUCAGUGUAUGCACCCAUUUCAAACAAAACAAACAGGUCGUAGACCAAACUUGGAUUCAGAGUUGAUUCAUUUGAUAUAUCCCUAUAUUUACAUCAAUAUUAAUCAGUACUAGUAGAGAUAUUUUUUUUUUAUUUCAAAAAAUGUGUUUUCAUUUAUUUUGGAGGCUUGAUAAUGAAAAAGUUUAAAAUCUGUACAAUAUAUCCUGUGUCCAUUUCAUAAAGACAUGAUAAUUGUAACAUUGCUGUUAUAUUACAUUGGAAUCUCGAUUCUGAUUAGCUACUCAGCUCUGUAACCAUGGUAGUUACCAUAACCAAUUUUUUUUUAUGAUACUUGCUCCUGAUUAUUCUUGCCAUGAUUCACAUCUGAUAUGCACAGAUGUGGUGUAUUGUCAUCAUAAAUUAUUUGCCUUGAAUUUUUUUUUGUAAGGAAAAAUGAUUUUCAUAUACUGUCAGAGUGAAUAUCUAUUAUAAUUUGUAUUCAGUUAUGAUUAUAGAUUACCUAGGCAUAUGUCUAUGUGCCAUUGAAGAGCUGGAAAUAAUAAACUACUAAAAAAGAAGUCAUAUCAUUGUGUUAAAACUUUGCUUACUUUUAAAUUCAUGUGUGUGUAAAACACCAUAAUUGAAAUCUAUUUUUCAUGCUGUGAAAUUAUAGAAUUUAAGAUGAAACAUCUAGAUUGUAUAUUAUUCUCAUGGAAAGAAUGAAGAGGUUAAAUUCAAAUUUAUUUUCAAUUGGAUAAUGACAUAGACUUGUGAAUUACAGUAAUUCAUCAAAUCAUGAGCGGAAAUCUGUACCCAAAGGUAGGGGGACCAGGGCCUGGAAAAUUUCACAAGCAAAAAAAAAUGGUUUUCAUCCA